AUGUUAGAUUUAUUAACAAACGUUAAAUAUUUAUUAAAAUUAGAACAAAUAUGCAUUGAUAAUAACGUGUUUCGUUUACAUUAUAAAGCAACAGCAUUUCUGUUGGCAAUAUGUUCAAUUAUAAUAACAUCAAAACAAUAUAUAGGAGAUCCAAUAAAUUGUAUUUUAGAUUCAAAUAUUGACAAAGAAGCCAUUAAUAUUUAUUGUUGGAUAUUUUCAACGUUCACAUUGGGAAACAAACAAUUCAAUCGUAAUAAUAAUAAUAAUAAUAAUAAUAAUAACGGUUUGUCGACGCGUCAAGAAGAACCGUAUCCAGGAGUUGGAAACGAAAACAAGGAUUCGGAAAUAAUCCAUCAAAAAUAUUAUCAAUGGGUUUGUUUUAUUCUUGCCAUACAAGCCGCCAUGUUUAUAUUUCCUCAUUGUUUAUGGAGAGUUUGGGAAGGUGGAAGAAUUAAAAUGCUCGUCGCUAACUUAUGUGCGCCGAUGACGGAAAAUUGGACGGAACAAAGAAAAGAACAAACGGUUAAUUACCUAUCAAAUUCCGGUUUAAACAAUUUAAAUUUAUACGCUUUGCAAUUUUUAUUUUGCGAAUUUUUAAACGUCGUCAACAUAUUCCUACACAUAAUCAUAUGGAAUCAAGUUUUCAAUAAGAAAUUUUUAACUUUCGGCACUGACGUCAUACAAUACGCAAGUUCAAAUGGUAAAACCCUAACCCACGAUCCCGUCACGGCACUUUUCCCGAAAAUAACAAAAUGUAAUUUUCAUUAUUACGGACCCUCGGGUUCCCUACAGCAAAUCGAUGCCGUUUGCGUUCUACCCCUAAACAUAGUCAAUCAAAAAAUGUUUUUAUUCCUUUGGUUUUGGUUUUUUUUUCUCGCCGUCAUAACCGUCGUAGGAUUUUUUUACGAUAUUUUUCUAUUCCGACAGAAAUGCAUGAGAACGUACGUUUUACAAGCUCAGGCUAGAUCCGUUCCGCGGGGUCACAUAACGACCAUCGUGAGAAAAGGAACUUUGGGUCAUUGGUUUCUAUUGCAUCAAUUGGGAAGAAAUAUGAAUCCUUUCGUUUUCGAAGAUUUAUUAAUAGAAUUAUCUAAAACUCUUGAUAAUUCUAAAACUAAAUUAAAAGACAACAACAAUCCCAAAAAGAAAAUGAGCGAGGGAGAAAAUGAGCGAGGGAGAAAAUGA